AUGAACUCGACCUUUGCGCCACCGGCGGCGGCAACAUAUCCCGAGCUCUAUGCCCUGGCGAGUCAAAACCCGAAACUGUCUUUUCUGGAGAAGGCGUGGUGGCACACUAUGCUUACUGGGAUAAUGACAUUAUCGCAACUGGUACGCCCCCCAAUGUAUUUUCUCUGUCACCUACUAACUUCGAUAGGCAUCAUCACCUUCCUUGCUCACGAAAUCCUCUACUUCGCCCGCUGCAUCCCGUGGAUAAUCGCCGACGCUCUACCUACACUCUUUCACCGUUUCAAGAUUCAGGACAAGAAGGCACCCCCAUCAGCAAAAGAACAAUGGAGCUGUGUGAAGUAUAUCCUUGCUAUCCACUUCAUUGUCGAAAUGCCUAUGAUAGUCCUGUUCCACCCGAUGAUGGAGCUCUUUGGCCUCAAAUACGCCCUUCCAUUCCCAGACCUUAAAACCCUCGCCAUUCAGAUCACCAUCUUCUUCUUCGUCGAAGAUACAUAUCACUACUGGCUACAUCGUGCCUUUCACUGGGGCCCUCUUUAUCGUGCCAUCCACCGGGUGCACCAUCAAUAUGCCGCGCCGUUUGGUCUGACGGCCGAGUACGCCAGCCCAUGGGAGACCAUGCUUCUUGGCCUGGGCACAAUUGGACCCCCUUUGGUUCUUGGUUCCUUCACCGGCGAGGUGCAUUUGAUGACUGUGCUGGCUUGGGUAGCUCUGCGGCAGUUUCAGGCCAUUGACGCGCAUUCUGGAUACGAUUUCCCUUGGAGUCUGAGACGGAUCUUUCCACUGUGGGGAGGAUCGGACUGGCAUGACGAUCACCAUCGGUACUUCCGGGGUAAUUACUCAAGCUCGUUUAAGCAUUGGGAUAUCUUGAUGGGAACGGUUGCCGGUCCCCGAGGGAAGAAGAUGCGGCAGGAGUGA